AUGGCUAGCAUUGCGUAUGGCGACGACAUCUUUUGCCAGGACAUUGCGGUCCUCGUGCCGACGUCGGGCGAGGCGAGCCAUGACUCGCCGUCGUCUCUGUCGUCGGGCUCGGAGGCCAAGAAGCGUCGGCGGCCCACGGCCCUCGACGAGCUCAAGUACCUCCGUGCCAAGCACGACGAGCUGUCCACGCAGCUUGAGCAGCUCCGAGCCAUCACGAGCAUUGUGCCCGUCGAGUCGCAGUGGGCCAGCCGGGCGGCCACGCAGGCGCAAGCGGCGCAGCAAGCAUUGCACGAGAACGCCCAACUCCAAGGUCUCCUCGACGACCAAAUGAAGCUGCUGGCGACACUCCAGCGGGCCUUUACGCGCCGCCCCAAGCUAUGUGCGUACUCGGCCAUGGCGUCGUGGAAGCGUGCGUCCUUGGGCCCGACCGACCGGCACGCGACGCUGGCCCGUAUCCUCGAUGACCACCUCGGCAAGCUCAGUACCGAGUACAUUCGCCACGACCUGCACGCCCACGAAGCGAGCCGCGAGCGCUACGUGCAUGUUCAGCUCGAAGAUAGCGAGGACGGCGAUGAGGCGUCCUUGGUGCUGCACAUGACGGUCUGCCACUCGUGGCCAGUGCCGUUUAUGGAGCUUGCCGCGCUCUU